UUUUCCACCCAAUAUGGCAGCCUCCAGUGUUGACAUCACGUCUUCAGAAGAUUUCGAAAAAUUCAUUGAUACGACUGGAAACAGUCUGGUUGUGGUCCACUUUAGUGCUGACUGGGCCCCACAGUGCAAACAGAUGAAUGAUGUCCUGGAUGAAUUAACAAAGGAUACCAGGUUUAUAAAUGUCAGAUUUGUAAAGUUGGAGGCAGAAUCAGCACCAGAAGUGUCUGAGAAGUUUGGAAUAUCAGCUGUUCCAGUAUUUGUUUUUUUAAGA